AGACUAGAAGUCUGCCAUCUGGGUCACGAGAGUUUGGAGGCAGACCAUGUUGUGAAGGGAAAACACCGUCUGGAGGAGGCCCUCUUCAUAGGAGAGUGGGUGAAGAACGUAUCUGCUGGUGGUUGCGCGAACUACCCAGAUACCUACUGGACAAACCCUCAGUACCGAAUCACUGUGACUGAUUCUGAUCCAACUGACGACGACGAGCUUUGUACCGUCACUAUUGGUCUAAUGCAGAUGGGCGCUCGUAAAUCGGGCGAAUCAAACUUGACCAUCGGUUUUUCCGUCUACGAGCUUGAUCCCAGCUCUGAGGGUCUGAUGAAGCGAGGAUUCUUCACAAUGAACAGACCUUUGGCCAUGUCUGAAUUCACCAACACUCGUGAGGUUGUGAAGCGUCUGAGGGUCAAACCAGGCACCUACAUGAUCUUUCCGAGCACUUUUAAGCCGAAUGAGGAAAGGAAGUUCUUGCUUCGCGUCUUCACAGAGGUGCCGGUUAAGGAGGCUGAAUCUGACGACAAGAACGGACUUAAAGGCUUGGCUCCGGAUAUUCUCAAGGCUCUCAAGGAAGAAGAGGCAUCCAAGGUGCGUCUAAGUCUCGUUAAGUUUGCCCUUAUUUUAUCUUCGCUGGUUAAGCGUUCAUCCCACUGA